AUCCUACUGACUGUCUAUGUAUCACGCUAACUCUCCGUGUCCUCCAUGUUUCAGUAUACGUAGCGAGUGUACACACACGCUAAGGCCCCUGCAGGCUGCCUCUUUUUAAUCCAGUGUAGACCAUUGAACCAGGCAGUCUUGUUUUUAUUGUUUGUAACAAAUUAAAUAACGCAAGUGUAGAUUGAAAAAAGUGUACAUCAAGUGAUCAGUUCGUGAUUUAAACACUAAACCCAAUUAUCACACCAAAAUAACUGGACAAGGCAUCUGAGCUUCAAGUAUGCAGAGCCAUUUUGGUCUCAGUUUUUUCCCUACCUAGUCACUAAAGUAAGCCCAAAAGUCGAGGAGAAGAAGAUAAAAAGAAGAAGAUAAAAAGAAGAAAGAAGACAAUAAAAAGAAAAGAAAAAAACAUCUGAGGAAUAAAAGGCAAGGAAACAUCUGAAAAGAAUACCUAAUACUUAAAAGAAAUAAAAAAUAUAAAAGAAAAGAAGAAAAGAGGAGAUCAAAAGCAAGAAAGAAAAUCAAAGAAUGGACUUUGAUCGGCCUCAUAUGAACACUAAUGAACCAAUUUUCAAUACAAGACAAGUCCUGGGAUUUAAGAUCGGAGAUGUUUAUCAAAUUAGUGAAAACGCCCUGCAGACCCUUGAUGCUAUGGCAAGUCGUCUGCAAGAGGAUGAUUCCUCUCAGAAACCUUUCCGGCUUUCCAUAGCUUAUUUAAAGGUUAUUGAGAACGAUUUGGUUCCAAUCCUUGAGAAUGUUGGAAGUCGUGUCCCGCUAUUUCAGGCCGUGGUCCGACUCCUCUCCAUUCUUACAGCACCGAGGCAGAGUCUCACAAACAUCAACUCAGAAGAAAGUUUUCCCGACCAUCUGAAUGGAAUAUUAGUUUCUGAGUUAAAUAGAACUAAGGAGUUAUUCGCUAAUCCGAGCCUAACAAAGGUUGUAAUGCUCCACCUUAGUACUCUCUCUAAAGCCACGAGCCUGUCUAAGACAGAACAAGACAACAUCAAUAACUGCUUGACUCUGAUCAGGAAUAUUUUGUACAUUCCUGAUUCAUACAGCAGUCAUCAGCACAAUCUCAUCAUUUGGAACCUGUUCCAACAAAAUCUAGAUCAGGUUCUUCUCGACUCGAUGGGCCACAAACACUCAUCUGUGUGGUGUACAACUGUUGUUCAGAUUAUAGCUCUCAUAUACAAGGAUCAGCAUGUUCAGAACCUUCAGCAGUUGCUGCAGGACUUCUUGGAAACCUCGGAUACAAGCGAGGACAACGAGUCCAAUACUAGCCAGAAUUCGUCACCUGUUCUCCGCUCCAUAAUUGUCACCAAGCCUAAAGAACCCCCUCUUACCUGGGAGGUUCAGAAUAUGGACUCGCAGACGAACAACAUGGUAAGAAAACAAACUGUUUUUUUGGAGAAAAAUAUUUCUUAUUAUUUUUCCAAUAAGGUUGUAAAUGAUCUAAUUUUUCUUUUUACGAAGGGUUCUGCCAUGAGGAAAAGAAAAGAACGAACUCUAAGCCUGCCCGCCCUGGCCCUAGUUGGUCCACCCUCCGACAAGAAGAGGAAGGUGACCUACGACGAGAAAAGAAUGGACAAGCUGGAGGUGGUCAGUAUGACAGCCUCCAGUGGAAUUGGUUCUGAGUGUACCAUCAACCUGGAGGGUCAUAUGACACCAUCAUUUCCUUCAGAGCCUAGUAUGCUUAACUCUAAAAAAAGAGCUGCCAGUGAUUCCUCCGUAUCCGAAUACAGUUAUGUUUCCGGGGACAUCAAAGAAAAAGGCGUAAGUGAUUCCAGCGAUGUUACAGGAAUUCCUUGCAGAACACGGAUUACCAACAAUGACCUGGGAGAUAUCUCACAGACGGCCAUGUAUAGGGAGCUACUUCAGGGUAACUCAACCUCCAGUAACGAGGACGAAAUUGUUUGUCGUCAACCGAGAACAAACCCCUUAAAACCUCGAGCCAAAACUAGCACACAGUCACCACAGGAACGGAGAGAAUCUUCAAGACUAAGACUAUUAAAGAGAACUAAGGAGAAUAGGAUGAGGUCCAAGGGGAUGGUUAAUCAUCUACCAAAUGAUGAAGAUAUCUCACAACUCCUGAAGGAGUUCACCGUUGACUUUUUACAUCUAGGUUAUUCCCAAUUAACAUCAACACUUCUGGAGGAAUUAACCCGCCCUGAUGCUGAAAUUAACAUGGACAAAUCACAUUUCCUUUGGCUUUUAACUUACUUCCUGAAGUUUGCAAGCCUGCUGGAAAUAGGGUUAGAUCAAAUCAGAAAAGUCCUAUCUAUCAACACAUUAGCAUACCUUACUUAUCAAGGCGUCGACAUUAUGGAGAAAUUAGAAGUUGCAAACCGACAGCGAAGAUCUAAUAUCGAUCCUUAUUUGCGCAAAAUGCAUUUAGUGGUGACCGCCCUACGAGAAUUUAUCAACACCCUCUCCUCCUACAAUGAUAUCAAUUUUCUGACGGAAUUUGAUAAGAACUACCUUCAAACUAUAGAUCUCCAGUCUUCAUACAUCAAGGGACUUCGCCAACUUAUGAUCAUCCUUAUCCGUUCCUUCAACCCGGAUUUCCAAUCCCUCCAGUACUUGUCCGAUCUAAUAGUCUGCAAUCACAUGCUGCUGCUCAAGCUGGAAAAGUGUGUCAGCCAGGCGGAGUACUCUGGACCAGAGUUUAAUCUGAUCGAGCACAUGAAGGAGUUUACGAAGAAGGAUUUGAUGCGACAAUACGGUCGUGUUCUCGUGGAUUAUCUCACCAACACACCGUUGGUCAAUGAUUGCGUUCUAACGAUGAUGCAUCAUGUGGCGGGAGAUCUUGAGUCCCCGGAAUCCUUGUAUAUUCCGAACAUCCUUCAAACCUUCUCGAAAAUCUGGGAAGGGGGACUGUCCAUCUGCGAAGAUUGGGUUGACCUCAUUGAGCUUAUCAUUCAGAAGUUUAUUCAGGCGAUGGGUAAUUCUCCUCAUAGAUGUGCUGCAUCUCUAGUGGACUGUUCAGAAAGUUCAGAUACACUUGACGAGUUUGGAAUGACUGCUGAACAGAAAACUCAACUUUUCUGGCAUUUUACAGAGGUUGAAAAUGACGAGGAUCCUGUUGGAUCUCUCAUCCAGAGAUACAACCAAACUUACAAAGUUUCCUUCUCACGGUUGUCGGUCAUCCAGUCCCUACUCACGCACGGGGUCAUCACGCACGCGCAGUACAUGAACUUUAUGUACAUGAAGUCCGUCAUUACACAUUUCAGAACCAAGAAUGAAUCAUCUGUCAAAGCGGAGGUUGGAAGUGAGCAUAGUUCGAGUGAUGCUGAUAUGUCGGAGGAGGAGGGGGGGAAGGGUUCCGGGCAGGAUUCUAGAUCUGAAAUGAAAGAAAUUAAAUUACUUCUUUCUGCGCUUGUUAAACAGGGUCGUGAGAGCUUGAUAUCGUGGCUGCAAGAGGUUUUACUAGAUGCUUGCAGAGUGAAGAUGUACCCUGAAAGAUUGAUUCCAAAGAACAGUGAUGUUCCUCUGGAACCAAUACCGUUCCAUUAUAAUAACACAAAACAGAGUAUUCCACUCGUUCCAUUUAACAGUCUACAAAGUCAGGGUCUACAAACAGAAACAUUUAUACUUUUACUUCACAAGCUCGGUUUUUUACUACCCGCAGACGUUGGCAAGGUUUUCCCUCGUAUCCCCUACUUCUGGUCUGCUGACCACAUCUACACUGUAGCGGGUAAACUGGGUCCUGUUCGUCAGGAUACUCUACAGUUUACUGCUGAACAGCUCAGGGAUAUAACAUCUAAGGAUCUAGAAACCAUCUCACUCACUAGCAUCAAACUAAACAGAAAUGAGAGUCCAAUGGCAGACGAUACCGAACUUGUGUUAUCAGGAUAA